AUGUCUUCAGCCCAAGCGUUUCUAACGCCAAUAUCUUCUUCGUUCUCCGGUAUGCAGUCUAAUUUAUACCCUAUUUCACGAGUUUUUCGUCACAGUUUGCACACACGAAUAUCAUUUGCUCGAACCCGAACUGCGUCUCCCCGUUGGACCUGUUCCCGCGGUCGCCGAAGACUACACGUUGGCGUGCCGAAAGGUAUCGACUUGGGUAAUCCGCUUGUGCAACUCACUGCUGAGGAAUGCCCGUGGGAGGACUAUCUCGUACCUCAACUAGCUGGAAACGCCACGGUGAAGGACCCUUCUCGCUUUGCUGCAGGAAACGAUUUUGUUGUUCUUGGCGUGGAGAGUUCCUGCGAUGACACCGCUGCUGCAGUGAUUAAUUCUGAUGGCACAAUUCUGGGAGAAUGCAGAGUCUCACAGGAUCAGCUCACAGAGGAGUGGGGCGGUGUUGUGCCUCAUGUCGCUCGUGAUGCCCACGCUGAUGCAAUUCAACAUGUCAUUGAAUCAUCACUCCGGGACGCUUCCAUGCUUCCCAGCGACCUCGACGCUAUUGGUGUGACGAUGGGACCCGGCCUAGAGGUCUGUUUGCGAGUCGGGUAUCGUGCCGCAAGAGCACUUGCACUUAAGCAUGACACUGAAUUUGUGGCAAUCAACCAUCUCGAAGCUCAUGUUCUUGUUAGUCGAGCAACGAAAACUGCCGAGAAUAUCCAGUUUCCUUUUUUAACGCUACUGGUAUCGGGUGGACAUUGUCAAUUGCUAAUGGCAUAUGAUGUGGCGCAGUAUGAGGUACUCGGCGGUACCCUGGAUGAUGCUUUAGGUGAAGCAUACGACAAGACAGCGAGGCUUCUUGGUUUGCAAGUUGGAGGUGGUGGUGGACCAGCUCUAGAAAAGCUUGCUCGGAAAGGGAACCCAAAAGCUAUUCCAUUUCCCGUACCGAUGCACAGAAGGCCAGAUUGCAAUUUUUCGUUUGCAGGUUUAAAGACCUCGGUUAGAGUUGCAAUAGACAAACUAGGAGGAGAUGAACAGGUUCAAACGGAUCAGUCCCUUAUGGCUGAUAUUGCAGCCAGCUUUCAAGAAACUGCUGUCCGUCACCUUGAACAGCGUGUUACCCGAGCGAUGCAGCUUUGUGAUGACCGUGGGACGGGUGUAAACACCCUUGUAGUUUCCGGUGGUGUGGCCGCCAACGCAGUUAUAAGAACAAGACUAGAAUCAGUUUGCGCGACGCAAGGCUGGUCUUGUUCAAUUCCCCCGAUGAAUCUUUGCACGGACAACGGUGUGAUGGUGGCAUGGGCUGCUGUGGAACGCCUGAGAAGGGGCAUUGCAGACGAUCAUACCAACCUCGACGUGCGGGCACGAUGGCCUCUUGCGGGCUUAGGCCAACUCUCAGAGCCACUUCCCGAAGAGGCUAGUCGGUGAGACAGAUGGCCCAGAGAGCCCAGAGAAUCGAAUAUAAGGAUUUUUAUCUAUAGACUCAGACAUGCGGUGGAGUGCAGUUUUGUUCAUGUUCUUAGAUGAACGGAAAAAAGCCACCUAUGUCAGCUUGGUCAGGCAGUUGAAGAGUACUACUUCAUCACUUGUGGGGCGCUUUUCGAAGAGCGUGGAUGAGCAGGGCUGCGAAGGGCUGCAAGCAAACUGUCCUCAAACACUGUACGCUAGCGUAGUGCGUACAAGGAAAAAGUCCCUUCUGUGCAUAUCAAAGAGAAAAGACAACACCUAUGGUUAAGUUGGCUGGGAUAGUGCAGCAUUUUAUGAGUCUAGGGUAUACCGUCAGUUUCGGGUCAUCUAUGAUUCUUGAUAUGUACAGCUGAUGCAGGGCGUUCAAGAACUUCGAAGUUGCAUACAAAUUAAUGAAGACCAUGGCUAUCAGCACGAAAAACCAUGGGCCAUGCGCAGUUCAUUCAUAUUUCACAGGAUACAUCCAGUGACGACUUGAUUGCUUUUAUCUGUACAGUUGUUCAUUUAGAAAUGGGAGCCUCGGUAACUUUGAAACGGCCACACAAUGAAGAAUGGCAUCGUUAGUCUCACUAAUGGAAGAUCGAAUAUGCCGUUACCCAAGUACCUCCAAAGAGCUAUAUUUGUUUUCAUUUGUCAUAGCGAUGUGAGGGAAUCUCGGCGUUGCCACUGCAAUGCAUCGUAAGGAGUUUUAUUACAGAGAUAAAGGGCACGUGGUUCAGGACAAUA